AACACAAAAAAAUUACAAUGCAAAAUUAAAGUGAGCAGGGAGGAUUGAAUUGUCCCCGCUAUUCGAUUUGAGAAAUUCGACGUUUUCAAAGAAUUGGAAACUGGAAACUUCACUUUCAUUCGAUCAAUCAUGAGAACUCGAAACGCCGAUUCCGCCUCCAAAUCCGCAACCCCUAAGAAGACGCCGCCGAAGAAAUCCCCUGCGGCCAAGCGCACCACCGCCACCAAAACCAGAGCCACCAAGAAGAACGAGCUCUCGCCCGCACCCGAUUCCAACCCCGAUCAAUCUCCUCUGGAACAGAAAUCGUUAGGCAGUGCUAGCAGCGCAAAAUCUGUGAAAAAGAAGACUCCGGGGAGAUCGAGAAGUAAAGCAAUCAAUACUCCGAAUUCGGAAGAACAAUGUGAGGCAGUAGCUGAUGAAACUCCAAUUGAAGAUGAUACCGAGGUAGCAGAGAAAGUGGAAGAUGUUGGAGUGGUUGAUGCAGAUAAUGUUGAGGGUGAGAAGGAGGGGGGAAAAGGUGUUGGUUCUGUUGGAUUGUCUGAUGAGACGGAUCGUAAGUCGAUGGAAGUGGAUGAACUUGUUCAAAAGGUUUGUGAAUCUGUGGGAAAGGAAAAUGAUGUAAUGGAAGUUGAAGUAGCUGCUUGCUGGGAUGCUUCUGUUUCUUUUAGGCGACCAGGGCGACCUAUUGUGGAUCUCAAUAUAUCUGCGGAUAAUGAAGAUUGUACUGGUGAAAAGGAGGGAGAGAAAUGGAAGGAAGAGUUGAAAGAUCAAGAGGGGGACAAAGGGAAGGAAGAGUUGAAAAAACAGGAAGGAGACAACGGGAAGGAAGAGUUGAAAGAACUGGAAGGAGAGAAAGGAAAGGAAGAGUUGAAAGAACUGGAAGGAGAAAAAGGUGAGGAAGAGUUGACAGAACUGGAAGGAGAGAAAGGAAAUGUUGAAUUGAAAGAACAGAAAGGAGACAAAGGAAAGGAAAAGUUGAAAGAGCAGGAGCCAGAGAAAGCAAAGGGAGAGGAAACAAACCUUUUUGGACAUGAAGAGAACUCUGAGUCUUUUGGUGUAGAAGGUGAAGCCCAGAUGCAAAAAGAAGAUGCUAAUCCUAUUAAAGAUGGCGGUGAAGGACCAAAGAUUGGUGAAAAUUCAGAUCUUGGAGAACAAGGGAAGGUGGAGCUUGUUGAAGAUCCAGAAGAAAACCCUGAAGAAGAUCCAGAGGAACCUCCAGAAGAAACUUCGGCAUUGGAGGAGGAGCAUAGGGAAUUGGAGGCUAUUGCAAAUCAGCGAAAGAUUAAAAAAGAACACGAGAUUUUUGUUGGUGGAUUGGAUCGUGAUGCUACAGAGGAAGAUCUGAGAAAGGUUUUUCAGAGGAUCGGGGAGAUAGUUGAAGUCAGAUUGCAUAAGAAUUCUUCAACAAAUAAAAACAAGGGCUAUGCUUUUGUGAAGUUUUCUGAUAAGGAGCAUGCAAAGAAAGCUUUGUCUGAAAUGAAGAACCCUGUUAUACAUGGCAAACGGUGUGGCACUGCACCUAGUGAGGAUAAUGACACAUUAUUCUUGGGAAAUAUUUGCAAUACUUGGACCAAAGAAGCUAUUAAACAGAAGCUGAAGGAUUAUGGUAUUGAAGGGGUUGAAAACAUUACGCUUGUCCCAGAUGUUCAGCAUGAGGGCUUGAGCUGGGGCUUUGCAUUCCUAGAGUUCUCUUGUCAUGCAGAUGCCAUGCUUGCAUAUAAGAGGCUUCAAAAGCCCGAUGUUAUGUUUGGCCAUGCUGAGCGAACAGCUAAGGUAGCCUUUGCUGAACCCAUACGUGAACCAGACCCAGAGAUAAUGGCACAGGUGAAGUCUGUGUUUAUUAAUGGUCUCCCUCCACAUUGGGACGAAGAUCAUGUGAGGGAGCUGUUUAAAUCUUAUGGUGAAGUUGUAAGAAUUGUGCUAGCACGGAAUAUGUCUUCAGCUAAGAGGAAGGAUUAUGGAUUUGUUGAUUUUUCUACACAUGAAGCUGCUGUAGCUUGUGUUGAUGGCGUAAAUAAAUCAGAAUUGGGUGAUGGGGCAUCAAAGAUAAAAGUGAGAGCUAGACUUUCAAAUCCUCUGCCUAAAACACAGGCUGUCAAAGGUGGUAUGUGUGGUGGGUUCCAAAUAAGUCAUGCUAGGAGUGGAGCCUUUUCAAGACCAGGAAGGGGGUUUGGGCGGGGAAGACAGCCCUUCAACAACAGGGGGAAUUUCAACUGGAGCAGGAGUUUCUAUCGUGGUGGGCACAGCCAAAUUGGAAGAAUGGGUUUUCAGGAUGACCAUGAUUUUAGUAUGCAUCCAGAUUUCCGUCAAAGGCAAUUUGGUCCACAAGGAGCUGUGAGGGGUGGACAUUAUGCAGGUAGCCGAGGUGCUGCAUUUGCUGGACCAUCUAGACCUUAUCAUGAUAGAGCAUGGUAUGGUAUUCCCGAUGGAGGCCCUAUUGAGCCUAUUCCUCCAAGGAGGCCCUACUCCCCAGGUGGACAGUUUGACAUGCCUUCUAUGGGAAGGCAUUUUGAUGAUCCAUAUCUGUAUGAUGACAAUAUGCAUGGAAUGAAACGUCCAUUUUAUAUGACUGACCCUGAGCCUGAUUACAUGGGGCCUAAUAGAUUACGUCCUCGAUUGGAUUAUGCAGAUCCACCUAUAUUUCAUGGAACUCAUCACCAUGAUUCUUUUGGGGCUGGCAGCAGACAGUACCCUCCUGACUAUUACGGUUCUGAUUAUGGUAGAGGUUCAUAUUUAUCUUAUUAUGGGGGUGAUGGCUCACAUGGGCAUGGAUACUAUUAUUAGGGUGAUGAAUCUUUGGAGGAUCUGGAAUUGUGGGAUAGACAUCUUCAAAUAUAAGCUUGCGGCUUGAGCAUACAAUUCUGAAGUUGCAUAUUUAUUUUAUACACUUCUCUGUUAUUCCUCUUCCACCUGGUUUUUUCUAUAUAUCUAUAUCUAUUUGGGCAUAGGUGGUAUAGACUAAAUUGUUUAAUGAUUGUAGGGUAGGUUGUCUUUCAGGUCCUGGAGUAAGGUAUUAAUGAGAUUUAUAUAGAAUGGGCUAGAUUUUCUUUAACAACUUAGGUAUGAUGAGAUCAGGGACUUGUAUUUGAGGAUGCUUUGUUGAAUUUACAAUAUUAAUCUUUGACCCAUCAAAUAUAACUUUGGUGAUUGGAAAGCUUAAAGGACUAUUGGAAGCAAAAAAACUUUCGAGUGAUGGAUUUAUCUUUUUAUGAAGUGAUAGGCAAGGUUUGAUAUUUGAAUAUGAAUAUUGAGGCUCUUGUGAUUCUUAUGGAUGACUUUUGGAGAGUUUAGCUACAGUUUACUUUCAUUAUUAGGAGCCAAUUUUGAUCUGAACUGAAAGCUUUACCAUAUUUUGGAGUUCUUAUGAUUGGCCGAGAUCCUUCAAAUAUUUAUUGAUAUCCAUACAGAAGCAGCCUUUAUAUAGAGAACUUUAUGUUCACUGAAUAUACUGGGAGAUGAGACUAGGGACUAAAUACAGUGAAAGGCUGACUUUCAUUUGGCAUGAUGUUCAUGGAUAAUGUUAUGGUUAUGGAGCAAAUGAUCUGUAUGAUUGAUUUGAUUCCUUAUGAUGCUCUUGAGUAAUUACUAAGUUGGGUUUCCUUGAGGAGAUCUCCAUAUUUUUUACUUUCCAAUGUAGCUUUGGUGUGGACUGAGAAUAAAAUUGCUGUUGAUUUUGAGUGUGAAUACCUAAUGCCGAGGGCAGCUAAGGAUGUUUCUGACUGUUUUAAUUGUCUGAAAUUUAUUUCGGACGGUUUUGUGAAACAUUGUGAACCAUGAAUCAAAUGGAACUGUUGAAAGAUCUUCGUUUUGCUGUGACGAUUACCAGGUUACUUCUCUUUCUGUAGCUUUUUUAGAAUUUAUUUUGCAGUGAAUAGGUGGUGGGUGCAACGUGAUUUGAGUGCUUCUUUUGAUGUAGCAUGGUCAGUGCCUGCCUCUUGAAUAUUAAAUGAUUAAGUUAUGUAAUACCUAGAAGUUCGAGGUGUAAUAUAAUUUAUUCUGAGCUCUACCAAUUUGUUCAAAAAUCACAAAAUUCACCAAAAUCAGUCUAAGAUGUAAUGUGUAAUGCAUAUAGGUUGUGUUAGAGAUACUGGAACAAAACUUGGUCUGAAGAUGAGUAGGAUGCAGAAGAUUUGUUAGUCAUGCAUUCCAUUUUCAGUAUAAAUUUACUAGGAUUUUCAUGGGGUCUUAUUUUAGAAUAUAUAGAAGUGUUUUCUUUUAGCUUCUUAGUUUUUAAGCUGCUGCUUCUACUGCUUUUUUUGUUGUUGUUAUACUUAAAUUCUAUUGUAUGGUGAGCUGUGAAUGCGAUACAGAUAAGAGACAAUUAUGUAUAUUAUUGUAAAAUGUGAUACUGAUAGGAGACACGUAUGUUUUUGUGUGCGUGUCUUCUGUUUAAACACUUGCAGUUAUCCUCUUUGUUUGGCUUGAUAUGUAUGUAUAUAAAGGGGAAAUGCUAACCUUCUCUCCA